AUGACUUCCCAACAACAAAAAGGUGGCAUAAAAUUGACGGAUUUUGUGCUUCGACCCUCUCUUGGCAAAGCGGGAAAGCCGACUCGUGUUCGCACUAACUUCUUUGAAGUAACAAACUUGCCGGAUAUUAAUGUCAUACACUACGAUGUGACUAUCACUCCCGACGUACCUCCUGCUAUAAAUAAAAGAGUGUAUAAGCAUUUUGAAGAUCAAUGGUUAGUUUCUACUAAACCAGUAUUUGACGGACGAAAAAAUUUAUUUUCUCCCAAACCUUUGUCAUUCGAUGAAGGAAAAAAGUCUGAAGGAAAAAAGUCUGAAGCAAAAGAUUCUGAUGCAACAAAUUUUGAUAUUAUUCUCCCAGAAGAUGAUGGGAUGACUUCCGCUAAACGCGCGCCCCGUAAAUUCAGUAUCAAACUUAAAAAAGUUGGCGUAAUUACCAUGGAAGAACUGCAUCGCUUCCUUCAAUCAAAAACGGCAAAGACGGAAAAUUGUCUAACAGCAAUUCAAGUUCUUGAUGUCUUGAUUAGACAUCAACCCUCUAUGAAGGCUGCCAUGGCUGAUCACAGGCCCAAGUAUGUCACUGUGGGACGUUCUUUUUACACUCCCGAAGGAUCUCAAGCAUUGUAUGGAGGGGUUGAAGUGUGGCAGGGUUAUUAUCAGUCUGUCCGUCCAACACAAAAUAAGAUGAUGAUCAAUAUUGAUCUAUCUGCCACUGCCUUUUAUGAAUCUGGCAAUCUCGUACAAAUGGUGGUCAAACUGUUGGGAAAAAGAUCAGCAGAUGAUCUUCGCCGCGGCAUACAAGAUAGAGAUCGCGUUAAAAUUGAAAAAUCCUUAAAAAACCUCAAAAUUAAAGUCACUCAUCGCGGAGAAGCAGUCGCAAAACGUCGCUUUAAAAUUACGAAACUCACUCCAAAAUCAGCAGCCGAAACUAAAUUCGAUCAAGGUGAAAAUGGUGUCACCGAUGUUGCUUCUUACUUUAACAAACAAUAUCGAAUACGCUUGAACCAUCCAUAUUUGCCGUGCGUAACGGUAAAGAAGGAUAUGCACUAUCCUAUGGAAGUAUGCGAAGUGGUUGAGGGACAACGUGUUCUCAAAAAGCUUAAUGACCGACAAACAGCUGACAUGAUCAAGUUCACAUGUCAGCCACCGCAUAUGCGAGCUAAUAAAAUAAAACAAGGAUUAGAAAUUUUGAGUUACCGAAGCAAUGAAUAUCUUAAACAAUUUGGAAUGAGUGUUUCAAGUGAAAUGGCCGUAGUUCAAGCGAGAAUUUUGCCUACGCCUACCUUAAAAUAUCAUCCUAGUUCGCGCGAUCAUACAAUAGUACCAAGAGAUGGCGCAUGGAAUUUACGUGACAAGAAACUGGCUGCUGGUGCUACGCUUACCUCUUGGUCAGUGGUCGUAUUUGCCUCUGAGAGGGAGCAAGUCGUACAAAAUUUCGUUCGUGAACUGGUCAAUACGUGCUCGGAGACCGGCAUGAACGUUACCAAUAAACAGCCGCCUAUCUCGAUCGCUGGUAAUCAGCGAGAUAUUGAGAAUACCUUAAAACAAGCAUGGCAGAAAGCCGGAAAUGCUGUCAAAGCGCAACCUCAGCUUAUUGUCUGCAUUUUACCCAACACACAAACUUCUUUAUAUGCAUCAAUUAAGCGUGUUAGUGAUACUAUUUUGGGUGUGGCAACUCAAUGUAUCCAGUCUCGACAUAUGAUGCAAGCAAAAAAGCAAUAUUGCGCAAAUGUAUGCUUAAAGAUGAACGUCAAGCUAGGUGGCUACAAUGUGCAUCUAUUACCAAAUCAAGUCCCGUUUAUAUCGGAAAAACCCACUAUAGUAAUGGGUGCCGAUGUUACUCAUCCCUCCCCUGGGAGCGUUGGGCGUCCUUCUAUUGCUGCCGUUUGCGGUUCGCUCGACCCAAAAACAACAAAAUAUUCGGCGUCAAUUAGGAUACAAGCUGGCCGUACUGAAAUUAUUGCUGAACUGGCUAACAUGGUAAAAGAACUGCUUAAGAAUUUCUAUAAAGCUUCGGGAAAAAAACCAGAACGUAUUCUGUUCUAUCGUGAUGGCGUUUCCGAAGGACAAUUUGAACAAGUAUUGGAAUUUGAAAUAAAGGCAAUAAAAGAGGCUUGCAAGAGUUUGGAUUCCAACUAUAAUCCUAGGGUCACUUUUGUAGUCGUUCAAAAAAGACAUCACGCACGCUUCUUUCCCAUUGAUAAUAAAGAUGCUGAACGUUCGGGAAAUUGUCUCCCAGGAACAGUGGUCGAAUCUGGCAUUACGCAUCCGUUCGAAUUUGAUUUCUAUUUGCAAAGUCAUUCUGGUCUACAGGGCACAUCUAGGCCAUGUCAUUACCAUGUUAUCUAUGACGAAAACUUGUUCACACCAGAUUCGUUACAAUCUUUAUCAUAUAAUUUAUGUUAUCUUUACGCAAGAUGUACGCGCUCAGUAUCUCUAGUGACGCCCGUUUACUAUGCUCAUUUGGUCUGUAGUCGUGCUCGUUUUCACUCGAGAGAUGAUACCUUUUCAGAGUUUAGCGACUCUGCUGACGAUGGUAUUGGAGCAGCAGCUAGCUUUAGUGCAGUAAAACCGGAAUUGGCUAGAAAUAGUAUGUAUGAAACGCAUACCACUGGGCUGGGUGUUUGGCUUGUUACUUCUGUAGUUAAACAAGAGUUGGAGUCUUUUAAAAUUCAACACAACCUAGUAAAAGGUACACGAUUCGUGAAGAUAGCUGCCACUCCAAAAGAAUCACGUAUAUAUAGGAACUUUAUGAAACAUUUCAAGUUACCAUCGGAUCAAUCAAAAACUAACGCUGGGACGGCACAAAGCCAUACCAACUUAUUCUAUGAUACUACAUUUUUGAAAGAAAAUAAUACACCAGAAUUUUUGUUUGGUACUGAAAUUUAUCAUAACGUAAUAAUCUUCGUAGAAGCUCACAACGCGAUGAAAUGGAUUGAUAAAUCUCUUAGAAAGGCUUUUUCCUGGAAUGACCGCCACGUUCGGUUUGAUAAUCGUUUUGAUCCGAAUGACCCAAAGUUUAAAGAAAGCCCGUCGACUAUUGUACUAAUUCAGAACGUGUACAGCGUAUGGAUCGUGUUGGUCGCAAGCGUCCUGAAUUGGGGUAUUAUGUGUGGUAACAAUACGCUCAAUGUAGCAGAGAUGCUGAUAGCUAUUAGUGGUUUUUUGACUGUAGCAGAUCUUUUUAGAAUCAAUAAUGCUAUCGAAUUCGAGAAUGCCCGAAAAUUGUGGGAAGAUUACUACAUUAAGAUCGAAUCUAGUAAUCCAUACGAGGCUAUCGCCAAUGAAAAUUGGUGUGUGGUGUAUCUUAAAGUAUCAUGGAUGCCUACAAUGUUGCCUAGGACUAUUUUGGAACUUUGUAUCGAGUGGGAUGGCCCAGAUCAUCAUAAUGAAUAUGGUACUGGUGUAUGGAUGAAAGAUAAUGUUCACCAAAUAGAAUAA